CAUUAUCAAAGAUAUAAAACGAAUAAUUCAUGCAAUGGUCGGCGCUCGUGCUGAAGAUAGGAUAUCUACUAAUGAAGUGAAGAAACACAUGGAUCGGCUGCAUGCCUCUGUAAAGAAGGACAUCCCGCCUUCAGCUCUUCUACCACCACAACCAAAGAAGUCUUCAACACCAGCACCGCCUCUACCACCAAGAAAAUCACCAUCGGGAGAAGCUGCCGAACCCUCUCUGGCUGUCGUCCCUGCGGUUACACACAGACACACGAAGUGUAGUGGAUGUAAACAGUCUCCAAUAAAGGGCAUAAGAUACUUGUGUUACAAACACAGGGAUUGUAGCUGGUGUGCCUCUUGCCGAGCACAAGGAAAGCAGUAUAACGAUAGGUG